AUGGGAGAGCCAACGAGCCCAUCCAGCAUACCUGAAACUACUACACAACACACCAAUGGGAGCCUGGCCGCGGAGAAGGUUGAGGGAGAUGCCCAGCUCGAGAGGGUGGAAGCCAACCAGCAAUCUCCAGACCCCAAUAUUGUUGACUGGGAUGGGCCUGAUGAUCCGGAGAACCCGCUCAAUUGGUCAUCAACAAGGAGGAUACUGAUCAUCAUAUUUGUGAGCUCUUAUACGUUUACCUCGAAUCUAGCCGCAACGAUAUUUGCCCCCGGGGUAAAGCAAAUGACACAUGAGUUCCACAUCACCAAUCCUACCGUUGAAUACAUGAUAAUAAGCAUUUACGUGCUUGGAUUUGCUCUAGGUCCGAUUAUAUUUGGGCCUCUCUCCGAACUAUACGGCCGCCUUGUCAUUUACUACACAUGUAUCCUGGUAUUCCUGGCCUUUACCGCAGGAUGCACAUUCAGUACCAAUGUGGAGAUGUUCCUUGCCUUUCGAUUUAUAUGCGGCUGUGCUGCCUCCGGUCCCAUGAGUAUAGGAGGGGGCACAUUAGCUGAUAUCAUCCCUCAGGAGGAGCGAGGAAGGGCUAUAAGCAUAUUCACUCUGGGGCCCAUGCUAGGCCCUGCUGGGAUUAUUAGCAUCGGUACUUUCUUAUUCCUAAAGGAGACGUACGCACCAACCAUAUUGCAGAACAAGGCGAAACGCCUAAGAAAAAAGACAGGAAACCCAAAUCUCAAACCGAAAUUGGUCAAAAAGGGGGCUCCUCAUCAAAUGAUCCUCCAGGCAAUUAUCCGUCCGAUGAAGUUGCUCAUUUUCUCACCUAUAGUUUUACUCCUUGCCCUAUAUGCAGGGCUAGUAUAUGGCUUCUUUUUCCUGCUUUUCGCUACUUUCCCAUCAGUAUUCCAGAAUACUUAUGGAUUUAGCAGUGGGACGUCUGGCCUUGCAUACCUUGGUCUCGGUGUUGGGAUGAUGAUAGGUUUGGCUGUAUUUUCCGUCGUGAGUGAUAGGGUGCUGGUUAAGAAACCAGGGGAGUCCAUGGCCAAACCAGAGCAGCGUUUGAUUCCGAUGAAAUGGUUCGGACUUGCAACCCCAAUUGGCUGUUUCAUAUAUGGCUGGGCCGCGCAUUACCAUACACACUGGACGAUACCGAUAUUAGGGACAGUCAUCAUGGGGUUUUCAUCGCUGUUUAUAAUGACCCCGGCCCAGAUUUACUGUGUUGAUGCAUUCGGACCGCAGGCCGCUGCCUCCGCACUUGCUGCCAAUCUACUCAUCCGCUCGCCAUUCGGUGCUUUUCUCGACCUUGCUGCAGGGCCACUAUAUGGAAAGCUGGGAUUGGGUUGGGGCAAUAGUGUGCUAGGAUUCAUUAUCCUGGCGUUCACGCCGGUACCAUGGUUGUUUUAUCGAUACGGGGAGUACUUGCGGACUCGAUUUUCAGUUGAGUUAUAG